CCCUACUUUUGAAAGGUAGAAUUUCCACAUGAUGUAGGUCACAAUGUGACAUGUACCAUGCCACGACAUUACCUGGAAAAUGCUAAUUGAAUAGUUGAUUGAUACGUGCACUACCCGAUUAGUACCGCCUAUUUCCUGUGGUCCUCCGUUUAUCCCCUGUAAAUCACCUUCCUCUCUUCCUUCCACGGCAAAACCAACGUUUUCCUCAACAAAAACUUCCUGUGCCCUGCAACAAGAAGCUUUUUCCCUUUAAAUUACACUUCUCGUUUCAUCCGAUCAACGUGAACUUGGCUUUGCAUUCAUCAUAUGGCUAUGGCCGUGUCCUUGUGUAUGGGACUGAGAAGGUCACUCCUCCGUCUCAUAUUUGUUACAUAUCUGCUGUUACUCAUGGGGGUUUUGACUCGGCAGCAGAGUGAUCCUUGUACAGAUACUGGAAAUGGGUUUGGGGUAUGUGGGCUAAAUGGAAUCUGCCGAGUCUCCGGCACUUCCUUUAAUUGCAAUUGUCCUCCGGGGUUCGACUUUGUGGACACUGAUAACCAAUCAAAUGGAUGCCUUCAGAACACAUCUCAUCAAGAGAUCUGCAGUACAAAUGGCGCAAAAAUGGAGACCAUUGAGAAGAUAGAUUGGGCUGGAAACGAUUAUUGGCACAUGGAAUUGGUGAGUCAAACUGCCUGCCAGCAGGCAUGUAUUGAUGACUGCUAUUGCACAGUUGCCAUCUACGCCAAUCUUAACGGCACAGAGAACUGUUGGAAGAAGGCAAUGCCUCUGAGAAAUGGCAUUGCAAGUCCUACACGAAUAGCCUAUAUAAAAGUCUACAGCGGAGUUUCUGAAGCUGUGCCGCCGCCGCCGUCAAAGGUAAUAAAGGAGGAGAAGGGAAAGGGGCUUGCAGUUCUUGGAAUAAGCCUUAUGGGUUGCUCCUUGGUCUUUGCAGUAAUUUUGCUAUUGCUAUGGUUGUUUACAUGCCGACCCAAGUUGAAAGUCUUCCACGAGCAACAUAAAUUUAAUCCGAUCGGGCUCAAGGCAUUUAGUUAUCAUGAGCUUGACACUGCAACUGAAGGUUUUAAGGUAGAAAUAGGAAGGGGCGCCUUUGGGACUGUCUACAAGGGCACCUUACCUGACGGAAGAGCAAUUGCUGUGAAGAAGCUUCACGAUCUGUUCAAGAAAGAAAACCCUCAAGAGGGGGAAAAAGAGUUCAGAACAGAGAUGGGUAUCAUCGCAGCAAGCCAUCACAAAAACCUUGUUCAGCUCUAUGGCUUCUGUGACGAGGGCUCCCACAGGAUUCUGGUGUACGAGUACAUGCCCAACGGGUCUCUGGACAACCGCCUGUUUAAAGGUACAAAUGGUCUUGAUUGGGAGCUGCGUGUUCAGAUUCUUUUGGGGACUGCGAGAGGGAUCCUUUACUUACAUGAAGAGUGCAGAACCCAUAUAAUCCAUUGUGACAUAAAGCCUCAAAAUAUCCUGCUGGAUGAAAAUUACUGUGCUAAGAUAUCUGACUUUGGGAUAUCUAAGUUGCUGGGGGUAGAACAAACGAGGACGUUUACUUUGGCCCGUGGCACCAUGGGUUACAUGGCACCUGAGUGGCAGAAGACUAUGGCAGUUUCUGUCAAGGUAGACGUGUAUAGCUUCGGAGUGCUGCUCUUGGAAGUCAUCUGCUGCAGGAAAAUGUUACAAUUGGAUGUUCCAGAAAAUGAAAUAAUGUUGUCUGAUUGGGUGUACGACUGCUUCAAACAUGGGAGACUUGCUAAGUUAGUUGAGCAACAGGAGUGCAGAGGUAUGGAGGUAAGACAGUUGGAAAGAAUGGUAUUGGUGGGGCUUUGGUGUAUUCAAGAGGAUCCUUUUCUUAGGCCAUCAAUUAAGAAGGUGCUUCAGAUGCUGGAAGGAACAGUGGAAAUUACAGUGCCCCCUAAUCCAGGUUCAUCUUCUUUACACAGUGUAAGCAAUCCAGUCUAAUAUUUUGUUUGAAGUGUCUUAGAUCUUAUGCGAUAGACUAGUUGUUCCCCAUUAAUACUUUGUGCUGUUGUAAGUAAAGCAUACCUGGCAUGGCAGGAUAGUUCCCAACGAGUUUGAUCUUAUGGAAUAGCUAGCCCUCGUAGAGUACAAUAGCUAUGAAGUAAUAAGUUUUCCAGAUGCUUUUAAAAUCGUACCAUUAUUAAUCUUUGUAACUUAAGGAGUUGUAAUGACACUGGUAAUACUAGAUUAUAUUGUGUA